GUAGACGCAAUUAUAAAUUUGUUUGGAGAUGAGUACCUGAGAAGGCCAACAGCAGAAGAUCUUCAACGACUACUCGAUAUUGGAGAGAUACGUGGAUUUCCUGGUAUGAUAGGAAGCAUCGAUUGUAUGCAUUGGGAGUGGAAGAAUUGCCCUACCGCUUGGAAAGGACAAUAUACACGUGGAUCAGGGAAACCGACAAUCGUUUUAGAGGCUGUAGCGUCACAAGAUCUUUGGAUAUGGCACGCCUUUUUUGGACCUCCAGGUACCUUAAACGAUAUAAAUGUUCUUGAUCGCUCACCAGUUUUUGAUGAUAUAUUAUAUGGUCGAGCUCCAAAAGUGAACUACAUGGUCAACGGACGCGAGUAUCAUUUGGCGUACUAUCUCACAGACGGUAUAUAUCCAAAAUGGGCAACUUUUAUCCAGUCGAUUCGUCUUCCUCAAGGUCUGAAACCAUCAUUAUUUGCUACAUAUCAAGAAGGCGUUCGAAAAGAUGUAGAACGUGCUUUUGGAGUCUUGCAAGCUCGAUUUGCCAUUGUGAAAAACCCAGCUCUUGUUUGGGAUAAGGUAAAAAUAGGAAAAAUUAUGAGAGCAUGUAUCAUACUUCACAAUAUGAUAGUAGAAAACGAACGCGAUGGAUACACUCAGUUUGAUGUAUCAAUAUUCCAGCAAGGAGAAGGAAGCAAAACUUCACAAGUGGAUAUGACGUAUUCUACUGACAUGCCUACAAAUAUAGGCAAUAUGAUCGGCAUUCGGAAUCAAGUUCGUGAUAAGAAAAUACAUGAACAAUUAAAAUCCGAUUUGGUUGAACACAUAUGGCACAAAUUUGGCAACUCUCAAAAUUUCAACUAA